GGGGCGGAUCCAAAGGAGGCUUAUCUUCCCUUUUUUCUUUCUCCUCCUUCAAUUUCUCUUCUUCUCCCUCCUCCUUUUCAACCAUAGCUGAAAAUUGUUAAGAAGAUUUAAGCGGGGCUCCACGAACCUCCAUGGAGGCAGGGCCGGUGGAUCCGCCGCUCCAUCCCCCACAGGCCACAGGCCAACACUAGCUACACCUGAUCGCAACGGUCGAUCGCUUGAUGCUUCAUCGAACGGCCAGACGAUGCCGCGGCGCGCCGUGUACGACGACGCGCAGGGCAAGACCGCAAGAGCAGCAGGGCCAGCAGCUUCUCUCCUCCCUUGAGAAGGAACAAUCGGGACACCCCAAAACCCCCGCCGCCACCAUGUCUUGCUCCGACGAGGAGACCCUCGCCGCCCUCAUAGAAAUUUCUAGAACCCCGGAGGGCCGAGAGGGCCUCUCCGACGUGCUCGCCGACACCCUCCUCCUCCUGCCCGCCUCCCCGGCCCGCCUCCUGCUCCUCCGCCUCCGCCUUCUACGCAACCUCCUCGCCGGCGACGAGUUCAACCAGCACGCCUUCAUCGAGCGCUCCGGCCCCUCCGUCGUAGCCGCCUCCGUGCUCUCCUUAUCCUCCCUCGCCCCCGACGUGGUGCGCGCCGCGCUCCAGGCGCUGGGCAACACCGCGCACGCCGGGGAGUUCCACCGCGACGCCGUCUGGGAGGCGCUCUUCCCCGAGGCGCUGCGGGUGUUCUCCGGGGUCAAGGACACAGGAGUCCUGGACCCCCUGUGCAUGGUGCUCGACACGUGCUGCGGCGGGGAAGGUGGUCGCCGGAGACUCAACGAGCUGUGCGACGAGGAGUUGGGGCUGCCAAUCCUUGUCCAAGUUGUCAAUACGGCCUCGCAAGUGGAGCACAAGGAAGAGUGGUUGGAGUGGCUACUGUUCAAAGUCUGUGUUGAGGAGCAGAAGUUUGAGAGCUUGUUUGAUGCCUUAUGCUCAACUAAUGAUGUUGACAGUGGCGAAUAUAAUGCUAAGCAUGCGUUUCUUUUGGGCACGCUAUCAAGGUGUUUGAACAACCAUCCCAAAGAAGUUACUGUCACAGACAGUUUUGCACAUCAUGUUUUCAAUGUACACAAGCAUGCUGCUGAAACCGUGAAUUUUACUCACCGAGGUACCUCUCCUCUUCCAACUGGGUGCCCUGCAAUCGAUAUCCUUGGAUACACGCUGCAGCUCCUGAGGGACAUGUGCGCUUGGGAAUUGCCCUCACCAGAGACUCAAGGUCCUGUUGACUCAUUGUUGCAGACUGGCCUUGUAAAGCAACUUCUGAAAUACCUAGGUGAGCUUGAGCCACCCAGUACAAUCAGAAAAUCAAUGUCAAAAGGACAAGGAGAUAACCAUCCAGCUCUUGAAAAUGCAAAGGUCUGCCCAUACAUUGGUUACAGGAGAGAUUUAGUUGCGUGCAUUGCCAAUUGCUUACAUGGAAGGAAGAAGGUGCAGGAUGAGAUUAGGAAACUAAGUGGGAUUUUGUUACUGCUGCAGCAGUGUGUCAUCGAUGAAGAUAACCCAUACUUGAGGGAGUGGGGUCUGCUAGCUGUUAAGAACUUGCUUGAAGGAAAUGAAGAAAAUCAGAAAGAAAUUUCUGAACUUGAGAUGCAAGAACCUGUUAUAACUCCAGAGAUUGCUAACAUAGGUCUCAAGGUGGAGAUAGACAAGGAAACACGGCGACUAAAACUGGUCAAUACUUCUGAUACUUAAUUUCUCACAGGUCAUGUUGCCAGGAGCAAAGUUAUGUUGAUACUGUGGCUAGGACUAGGAAUACAGGUGCUACCUUUUCGUUGAAAGAUCAGCAAUGUACUCCAAUGAUGAAGACUGAAGAGAUCUAUUGUAUACCAAUAUCUUGUAUAGAUGUUACUAUCUUUCCAUGGUGAUCAUGGUUGAGAAAACAGAAUUUUGCGACAAGAGUGAUAUGGAUUUCUAGAAAAGUAAUUCGUUGUAAGCAAAGCUGUGCUUUAAAAGUAUGUGGUUAGCGGUUUUAUUACUAUAAUCUGUAUGCAGCAAGCACUGCUAUGUGCUAAACAUGUGGUCCUUUGUGUGUGUGGGAAAUUUAGGUUUAUGCCAUUAAUUUCACA